CAUUAAUUUUUUAGUAGUACUAUUACCCAAUCUAACCUACCAAGAUGCAAUAUGUUGGAAAAGUAGGUGGAUAUGUAUAUAACCAAUGGAACUCGCUCAAUCCAGCUACUCUUUCUGGAGCAAUUGAUAUUAUUGUAGUUGAGCAACCAGACGGUACUUUACAUUGUUCGCCAUGGCAUAUUCGAUUUGGUAAGUUCCAAAUCAUUAAGCCUCUGCAAAAGAAAAUUGAUUUAUACGUCAAUGGGGUUAAGACAGACAUGCCCAUGAAAUUAGGAGAAGGAGGUGAAGCAUUUUUCGUGUUUGAAAUUGACAAAGAUUCUGAUGGCGCUGGACUUCUUUCUAAGAGUGUGAUGACAUCUCCAGUAAUAUCAGCAGCAAACUCUCCAGAGGCAAGUCCUCCUGGUAGUCCUAGAAUCACUCCGGGAGCGGAAUCGCCUAGUGAAUCUCAAAAGCUUACCAAUGGCACAGAUACUUCAAAUUCUAUAACAGGAUCUAUUCUUAAUUUAAAUAUUGGUAAUAUGCCUGAAGAUUUAGAUUUAGAUAGUUCUUCCAAAGUUUUAACUGAUUUGGAAGAGAGCAUAAAGCUUACUCCACUGCAGGACACACCACAACCUCCACGUUCUCCCAGAGUGGCCCUGAAACUUGCAUUUGAACGAGCCAAGAAAAUUACUCAACAACUUAAUAUUCCUUCUAAAAUUGAUAUCAAUGGUGAUAUGGUUUUAGAUAUGGAUGGUUAUAAACCAAACUCUCAGAAGAAUAUUGAUAAUUCUGAUGAAAUGUUCAAUAAAAUUUUUGUUGAAGAGAUGGAAAAACUUCAAAAUGGAGAUUCUGCAUUAGAUCUGAGUCAAUGGAAUCAAAUUAUCACUAGAGAUGAGAAUGGUAACAUCCGAAUUGUGGCCAAGAGUGACGAUGAAGGUGAAGGUGAUAAUGAGGAUGAUGUAGAUCCACAAUCUGAUUUAGAAUCUUAUUCAGAUUUGGAUUCAGGUGCAAGUGAUACUGAAAAUGCAAAUGGUACUGAUGAUAGAGCCUUUUUCAAGACACUUCGUCUUACAUCUGAUCAAUUGAAAAAAAUGGACUUACAUUAUGGGGAAAAUAACCUUGUGUUUAAGUUGCAUGAGGGAACAUCUCAAACCACAUCGAAUUUAUAUUUGUGGAAAUCAACCACACCAAUUGUUAUUUCUGAUAUUGAUGGAACAAUCACCAAAUCAGAUGCCUUGGGUCAUGUUCUUAAUUUGAUUGGUAGAGACUGGACUCAUCCUGGUGUUGCUAAUUUGUUUCAAGAUAUUAGAGCCAAUGGUUAUAAUAUAAUGUAUCUUACAGCAAGAUCGGUUGGUCAAGCUGAUUCAACUAGACAAUAUUUGAAGAACGUUGUUCAAGAUGGGAAUAAAUUGCCCAGUGGCCCAGUUAUCUUGUCACCAGAUAGAACUAUUGCAGCAUUAAGAAGAGAAGUCAUUUUGAAAAAACCUGAAGUUUUCAAAAUGUCAUGUUUGAGUGAUAUUAAAAACUUGUAUUUCAAUCAAACAGAAACAUAUUUCCAUAAUGAUAAUACAGCAACAACUCAUGAAGAUGAUAGAACACCAUUUUACGCAGGAUUUGGUAAUAGAAUUACCGACGCGAUCAGUUAUAGAUCUGUUCAUAUCCCAUCACAUCGUAUCUUCACAAUUAACCCCGAUGGGGAAGUUCAUAUGGAAUUGUUAGAAUUAGCAGGUUAUAAAUCAUCUUAUUUACAUAUUGGUGAAUUGGUAGACCAUUUUUUCCCUCCCAUUCGAGCAAUGACAGGUUUCAAUUCCUAUUGGAAUGAUAAUCAAUUUCAUGAGUAUAUGUCAACCCAUCCAGAAAAACCAACUUCGGAAGUUUGUACACCUCCAGGAUCACCAGGAGCAAGAAGUGUCACUAGUGGUGGUAAAAAUGAAGAUUUUUAUGGAUAUCCUCAGCAAAACUUCAUGGUGCCCAUUAAGAUCGAUGAAAGGUAUAAUGACGUGAAUUACUGGAGAGAACCACUUCCUAAUUUAAGCGAUUUAAGUGAUGAAGAUGAUGAAGAAACUGGAAGCGGAGCUCCCGGUUCCAGUGGUGGUGGUUCAUCACCUAAAACUGCACCUGAACCUAAAUCUCCAUCCAUGGGAUUUUCAUUAAGACCGUUUUCGUCCCCUGACUCUAGCAAUAAUUAUUUAUUGAAUGGAACUGGUGUAAAAGAAGAUUAUGAUGAUAAUGGAAAGAAGGCAAGGCCUACAUCUAUGUCUUCAAUCACUUCGCCAUUAAAGAGUUUUAUGUUGGGAGGUUCGGAAAAGAAGAAUUCAACUCAUUUGAAAAUUGACAAAGAUGUUGAUUUAAAAACGCCCAAUGAAAGUAUUGCUACUAAUAAUGACUCUGAUUAUACUGACGCCGAUGAUUAUGUUGAAGAAGAUGAUUAUACCACUGAAGACGAUUACGAAGAUGAAGAUGACUAUGAAGAUGAUGAAGAUGUUGAAUAUGAAUACGAUGAAGAAGACGAAGAUGAAGAUGAUAACAAUGAUUAUGUUGAUGAGAAUGGAGAAAUUGAUGAUUCUCAAGAUCUUGACAUGGAUGAUGGGAUUCCGAGUGAUGCGAAGUUACCAGAUUCUUCACCAAUUGAUUUGCUUAAGUAUAGUCCUGUGCGGUCAAGAAAGUCACAAGCUUCAUUGGGGUUACUGGAAACAGACCCCAAAUUCAUCAAGGCUAGUGAGCUAAUGAAUCAGCUAGAUAUUAAUAAGGGACAUAAAGACGAAUAG